UAAACCCAACUUCUUCCAUUGUGGUUUCUCAGAACUCAAUCACCAAAAACCAACAACAUGAGUAGCACCAUUCUCAUCACUUUCCUCACAGCCAUUGCUUUUGUGGCUCAACCAUUCCAAAACUACAUCAUCCAGAGGCUGCACAGAAUCUUCAAGCAUUGUGGAUAUGCUGCUGCUGCAGUGAAGGAAAAUGAAGAUCAUGAAAGUGAUUUUUGUUCAGUGUGUCUGAGCCAGAUUUGUAAAGGGGAAAAAAUUAGGUCUCUUCCAGUGUGCAAUCACAGGUACCAUGCUGAUUGUAUUGGUGCUUGGCUCAAGAACCACACCACAUGCCCUCUUUGCAGGAACAAAAUCACUGAUCAUAGCCCCCAAAAGCAUAAACAGGUGAAAAGCUUAGGAGAAUCUCUGUUUCAUCUCAUACAGAGUUUCACAGAUCUGUUGGUAGCUAUUCUCUAUAUGGUGCUUCCAUCAAGCAUCACUCAGAGUUUCCCUCUGGUUCAUUGAUACUUCUCUCGAUUGUAUUAUAAUUUUGUACGUAAUAUAUGUAAUAUAUGCAGAAUGAUGCAAUUGUUAAUAUUUUUUUGAGUUUUUACUUGUUUGGCUCUGGGAACUAUGUUCUGCAUAACUAUGAUUCCUUCAUCACAGAUUUUUAUGAUUAGUACAAAAGUUGGUUAUAACAGAUUUCGAAGUUCCUAAUGUA